UACAAUGUUCACAACCCAAACAACCUCCAUCGUCAACACCAAAAAUACCAAGACUGAUUGGUUUAUACAAACUAAGUUGCUAUCCGCACUAGUAAUGAAAAUGGGUACCAGCAGAAACCGGGUAGUAAUUAGUACGAGUUUUGCGAUAUUAGUCGUGGCCAUCACAGUUGCUGGUGCCGAUCAAAUUCAGCCCUUGGAUGAGUCGAUGGCGUCAUUGCCUUGGGGCGCAAUGUUCGUUUUGGGAGACUCGUCAGUCGACUGUGGGGACAACACUCCAUUCUAUCUUCUUCUUCACCGUAACCAAUCCCUAUUCCCGUGCAACGGCUCUGACGACACCCUAAUCCCCCAGCUUCUUGCAAAGAAGAUGGGGCUGGCUGGCACAGUACCCUUCUACAGCCAAAACGGGUCGAUCCAAGUGAUCCUGGGCGGGUUGAACUUCGGGUCGGCCCAGGCAACAAUACUCUACCCAAGCAGCCGAAGCUUCCAAUCCCUCAACCAGCAACUCCGCCAGGCUUCCGAGACAAUCCAACUUCUCCACCUCAACCUCGGCCAGGACAAAGCCACUCCUUUCAUCCGCUCUUCCGUUUUCUACCUCUCAUUCGGAAAAGAUGACAUCAUCCACCACCUCAUCGCUAGCCCGCCCGUUAAUCAGAACUUGAGCCGCAUUCUGGUCCAUCAGAUGAUGAAUGCAGUUAGGAAUCUGUACGCGAACAAUGCGAGGAGGAUCGUGUGCGCGGGGGUUCUUCCGCUGGGGUGUGGUCCACGCUGGCGUUCGGUGGGCAGCACAGCGGAGGAUUCGUGCUCGGACGAGGUCAACAAUUUGGUGUCGGAAUUCAAUGGGCUGAUGGAAGAGAGUGUUGUUGGGAUGAGAGGGGAGUUGGGUGAUGCGCGUGUGACCUUCUGUGAUGUGUACCGGGCCAUGAUGGAGGUCAUCAAGAAUCCGUCUGGCUACGGGAUAGUGGAUGUGAAAAAUGCGUGUUGCGGGCGGGAGAGUGGUUGUGUUUCGGAAGAUAUGGCCUGCAAAGACCCUUGGGCCCACGUAUGGUGGGACUUGUAUAAUCCAACCCCGCUCAGACAUCUAGAACACAUUCCUCAUCCUUGCAUAAAACAUCUAAACACUUCAAUCUCGUACAUGGCUCGUUAUGUCCAAGAACUCCAUUUUCCUAAAUUAGAUAUUCCUAUAAGAAUAGACAAAAUAGAGCUUGUCUUGCCUGAUUCCGAUAACAUCCCACCAGACAAUGGCCAAGAUUGCCUUUACCUAUCCAAUCUUGAUGACAUGGUCGGUGUGCGUGCUUUUACCCCAACAAUAUAUUUUUACGAGUCAAAAGAUAGCGACGAAAAACCCAUUUUCCAAACACUUAAAGACGCCCUUCGUAAAGUUUUGGUACCUUACUAUCCUUUCUCGGGCCGACUGAGAGAGGCGAAAAACGGAAAGCUCGAGGUGUUCUUCGGACCGAAUCAAGGUGCUCUUCUGGUCGAGGCCUUUUCAGAUAUUGUCUUAGCAGAUCUCGGAGAUUUAUCCGUCCCAAAUCCCGCAUGGAUAAAGUUGAUCCACAUGUUUCCCGAUGAAGAACCGUACAAAGUCGUGGACAUGCCAUUGAUUAUAGCCCAAGUCACUAGAUUCACGUGUGGCGGUUUUAGCCUCGGAUUGAGGAUGUGCCAUUGUAUAUGUGAUGGGUUUGGGGCAAUGCAGUUUCUUAGUGCGUGGGCCCGCACUGCGAAAGCCGGUUCAUUGGUUUUGAAUCCUAAGCCCUGUUGGGACCGAGAAUUCUUCCUGCCUCGUGAUCCUCCAAAGAUUGAGUUCCCACACAUCGAGUUCAAGAAAAUCGAAAAUGGUUCAAACCUAAUCCAACGGCUCUUUGGUCAGGCACAAGAAGGCGGGAAAUCCAAAUUCCCGUGCACGACCUUUGAUGCUAUGGCGGCCCACGUGUGGCGAUCAUGGGUGAAGGCGCUCGACGUUAGACCGCUCGACUGUCGUCUCCGUUUGACCUUUUCGGUCAACGCCCGCGCGAAGCUCAUGAACCCACCUCUCAAAGAUGGGUUCUACGGGAACGCAUUGUGCGUUGCUUGUGCCGUGAGCACUGUGGACGGGCUCACGAGCGGGCCUCUUACGGGCCCAGCUUACCUGGUGCACGAGGCCCGAAUAGCAGUGUCAGAAGAUUACGUGAGGUCAACGGUUGACUACAUUGACCGACACAGGCCCGAGAGGUUGGAGUUUGACGGGAAGUUGACUGUAACCCAGUGGACCCGUUUUUCGAUCUACGAGUUGGCCGAUUUUGGUUGGGGGAAGCCUUUGUACGCGGGCCCCAUUGACCUGACCCCGACUCCACAAGUGUGCCUUUUUCUGCCAGGUGUCGGGGAGGGUGAGUCCGGUGGUGGGGCCAUGGUGCUUUGCAUAUGUUUGCCGGAAUCCGCCUGCCGGAGAUUCGGGGAAUUGUUGAUGAAUCACGAGCUUAAGUGA